AUGACUUCACCAAAAAGGACCACCUCAAGAUCCAGAAGUCCAAGACCAAAAAGUCCUGGUAGUAAAGACGCGGCCUCCUCACCACGAUCAAAAAGCCCAUUUAGCAAACAGCAUAAUAGAGCUGAUAGUGAUAACACACCAGCAAACUUCUCGUCACAAGAUGUACGUCAAAAUUUAAAGUCGCUAAAUCCUUGGCUUGGACUUGUUACUUCAAGUUCUGGCGGUGGUUCUAAAAACCAGAAUAGAUUAAGUUUGCCACCAGAUUUUGAUUUAAAUCAUGUAAUACGUGAAAGUAACGAACGUUGGGCAAAACUAAAUCUCAUACCCAUGGAACCGAAAGACAACAGCAUGGGCAAUUUUUCAAAGACUACAAGUCUUAGAGUCGCACCUAUCACCAUGCGACCUAAACUUGCAGUAGAAACAUUCAACAACAUUCCUGGUAGUAAAUCGAUGCAACGGACCGCUUCUGGACCUUACAAUGGAAAUAAUAACAAUUCACCAUUGUUGACUGCUGAUGGGUUCCCGUUGAUACGAUCAAGAAGUUACAAUUCUGCCGUUGAAGAUGUCAAUCGAUCAUCACCUGCUUUUGCCAAAGAAAUACUGCCUCUCCAACAUUCCUGGACGAUGUAUUACGAUAGUAAACCUGUUAUGACACCUGGACCAAAAACUCCAACAGGAAAAGUUUCAUAUGAAGAAAAUUUACAAACGAUAGGAGCCUUUAAUAAUGUACAAUUAUUUUGUCGUUAUUUUAAUUGGGUAAAGAAACCUAGUAAGUUGGCAAUGAACACAAACUUCCACAUAUUUAAAAAUAAGAUUAAACCAAUGUGGGAAGAUCCAGCUAAUGCUAAUGGCGGUAAAUGGGUAAUCUCAAUAAAAAAUCCUCAAUUACUUGAUCGUUGUUGGACAUGGCUUGUUUAUGCGCUUGUCGGAGAAGACUUGGAUGAAGCCGAUGAUAUUUGUGGAGCAGUGAUGUCACGCAGAACUAGGGGGGAUAGAAUUGCUGUAUGGGUUAGAGAUAAAGAUAAUGUUCCUGUCAUUAAUGGCAUUGGAUUGUUGAAGCUUCUUGAUUUACAGAAUGAAAAAGGAAUAGUAAUGGACUUUCAAUUUAAUGAAGAUGCUUUAAAAUCAGGAACGUCAUAUAAUAACCAUGCAUACUUAUCGCUGGAAAAUCUUAAGCAAGAAUUGGAAGCUGCAGAAAAAUUAAAAGAAAAUAAUAAUAAUACCUCAGAAGAUAAUAUUAAGAAGAGUGAAAAUGGUGAGAGUAGCACGAUUGAUGGAAUUGCUAGUAAUAAUGAUAAAGGAGAGAUUGAUAGUAAUAAUGAUAAAGGAGAGAUCCAUAGUAAUAAGGAUAAAGGAGAGAUUAGUAUUACUCCCGAGAAUGAGAACACUCCGAAUAUAAUAACGCAACCUUCAGAAACAAAGCGUUCUAUUUCUACAAAGUUAGAAGAUUCUACAAUUCGAUCUACAACACCUUCAAAAACCAUACCAAAUACAACUACUACGACAACCCUUGCUAAUAGUACAAACACAAAUAAUAACAACACACCUUCAACUAUUAUUACCAACACUACAGCAACUCCUAAGUCAACAUCUAAUAAUAAUUCAAAAAUUGCACGUUCUCAACAUUCAGUAGAGGCUCGAAAAAUAGAGGCUGGGCAAAAAUGGUUACUUGAACCAAUAGGCACUGAACACACAGGUAAAAAAUGUUUAGUACUGGAUUUGGAUGAAACAUUAGUACACAAUUUUAUUGUACCAGUUGAAAUUGAAAAUCAAAUACACAAUGUUUAUGUAAUUAAACGUCCCGGUGUUGAUCAAUUUUUGAAAAAAAUGGGUGAAUUAUAUGAAAUUGUCGUUUUCACCGCAAGUUUAUCAAAGUACGCAGAUCCAGUCCUUGACAUUUUGGAUAUACAUAAAGUAGUAAAACAUCGAUUAUUCAGAGAAUCAUGUUAUAAUCAUAAAGGAAAUUAUGUAAAAGUUAAACUAAGUGAUACGAUCAUAAUUGAUAACUCACCUGCCAGUUACAUCUUUCAUCCAACAAACGCUGUUCCAAUUUCAUCAUGGUUCAAUGAUCCACAUGAUACUGAACUAUUAGAUCUGAUUCCAUUCCUAGAAGAUUUAACUAUCGUAGAUGAUGUCAUGGUUGUAAGAAAAAGAAGAAGCAGCAGUAGUGGUAGUAGUAGUGUUAAUGGUAAUGGUGAUAUUAGUAGUACUAAUAGUGCUAGUAGUAACGACGGUAAUGUGAGUGGUGAUAGUAAUGGAAGUGUAAAUAGUAACGUUACUAGUAAUAAUAGUAUUCACAGUAGUAUAAAUGUUAGUAGUGGAAGUAGAAGAAAUAAUAUAAAUAAUAAUUUUAAUAAUACAACUUCUACCCCCAUUAAUAAUUCUACUGCCAGCAGCACUAACGAUAACAACAACGACAAUAAUAGAGCAAAACGUAUUUGUUCUACAUCAACAACAAGUACCAUUAUUACAAUCAAGAUGACAACAAUAACUCAUACAGACAUUCACAAAGUAUCCACCACAAAUACAACUGUCACAACUGAAAUUUCACCUAUUUCAACUGAAACGGUUGCAGACACUCAGUCAUACAAUAUCCAAGCAACUGAAAAUCAACCCUAUGUACAUUAUAAUCCUCCCAAAAUUGCUCUCGAAUCGAUCUCUAGAAAUCUUGCCACUUCUUCUUCAGCAACCACUCCCAGCGCAACAGCUAAAUCAUUAAAUGAUAAUCCAACAAUCAAUUUAACAUCUUCACCCUCGACAACAACUUCAACUUCUCCUCAAAACAAAAUCCCUUCUAUUAAUAAUAUCAUUCACAAUAACAAUGAUCCAUUAACAUCUCCUUCAAUCCCAAAUCCAAUUCCAAAUAUAUUGUCACCAACUUUCGAGCAACGACUACCAAUAACCGAACAGAUGACAAAUACAUCAAUAUCAACACCUUCAAAAAGAUCAGAGUUAAUUAACACAACAUCGUCGUCAUUAUAUGAACAACCACAGCCACCAUCAUCUCCUUAUGAUAUGUCCUCACCAAUUUCUUCAAAAACAACAACGACACCACCUAGACAAAGCAACAUUAGUAUGUUGCUAAAUAACAAUAAUACUGACUAUCAUAGUAGUGCUAAAUCAACAAGUACUGCCACCAUCUUUUCAAAUGCUUCUGCUGUUUCUGCAUCUAGUCCUCCAGUACUUGCUACUACUGUCAAUAUUGAUAACAAUACUAGAAACAUAUAUGAUGAGAUAAUUGAUGAAAUUAAUCAAACUUAUGAUAUGAGGUGGGCCAAUGAUAAUAAAGAAACUUUGCUUUCACGAAAGAAAAUCGUGAAAGAAUUACAAGAUCGAUCGAGAUCUGGAUCUGUAGGGAUCGAUCAGGCAAUUAGAGAGUUGGAAGUGAUGAGAAACGAACUUUUUAUUAAUUCAAAAUAUUCUACAAAUUUAGAAUUCAAUACUUUCUUUUUGCAAACUUUUUCAGAGCCAAUUUUUCAAUAA